AUGGCGAAUGGAGUUACAUCUGUCGGGUGUCUCCGCAACCCAUCUAAAGAGGAAGCUAAAAUCGAGAAGGCAGGCAAUUUAUUUUUCCGACAGUUACUAGUCCAUCCGGAGCGGGGAGUCCAAGCGGCGCCGGACCGGUCAUUGAACCUACCCUCAGAAGACCUCACACAACGAGAGGGGAUCGUGAAGGAAUUAGGCGUGGGGAUCAAUCCGACGUGUACGAUUCCACGGAUGGAAGUCGCCGGAGCCAAGCUCGAUUCGCUGGGCAACGUCGCUAAUAUCGUCCUCUGUUGUGUCUCCAUCUUCGUCGUCGGUUGGCUCGUUCGGAAAGCGUUUCGUAGGAAAGCUGCAGUGGCCAGAGUCGAAAUCAUCCGUUGCGUCCAUUCUCUCCCCUCCCUAUUACCUUUUCGAGAAAACGCUCAUCUAGCCCGCCUUAGCUCGAUAGUCUGGCUGACGGGGCUCGACCAUUCGUUGCUCGUCGUCUUCUUCUUCGGACUCAUCUGGCUCGGGUUCUUGGGCCUGCAAGUCGUCGAAGACGGAUCCUUGUUCUCGCUCGUCCCCUUGGCUACUUGUUCCACAAUCCUCUUCGUCGCCUCCAAUUAUAUCUUCUUGGAUACCGGGUUCGGAAUCACUCAUUACUUUGCUAGUCAACCUGCCGAUCAUCUCUAUAGUCCAUGGACAUUCACAAUGGUGAUCUUAUGGCCCUUGAUAGCCCUGACGAUAUAUGCCGGCCUGACGAUCCUAGUUUCAGUGAAAGUGUUAGGGGAACUGAAGCCGGUGAUUUUGCUACUGUGCAGUCUGAUGACGAUUGGAUUAGCGGAGCUAUUCCGAUGGAUCCUGAGCCAGCCGAUCUGUCAUUCGUCGCACGCGACGGUGGAUGGGAGUUUCAUGGGCAGUCUGUUCGAGCUGGUCUCUCUGGGCCUGCUGGUGUACACAUGGAUCAGUCUGACGGAGGCGGAAUGGGACGAGUACCAGGACUUUGGCUUCGGCUUCCCCACCGCUCAGCCCAUCCUCCACCAGCAGCAGCAGAACUCCUUCUUCGGCUCCGCCCGUCAGACGCCCUCCCAUCUCAGCCCCGACGACCAGCCCGUCAUCGUCAAUCGUCCCCAUAGUCUCGAUUAUAGACCCGACAACCAUCCCAACCUCUCUAACACACCUAAUCUUCCCUUUCCUAAUCAGCUCCAACCUGAAAACCCUCUCCUCCACCACCAGCAGCCACACCUUCCUUCGACUUCUCCCCUCGAUCAACAUGGCCCCAUCGUCACUAACUUCGACCCCGUCCAUGAUCCGCAUCUUCCUCAUUCAAAUACCUUCAAAUAA